GAUCUGGGUUUGAACAAACCCAGAUCUGGGUUCUUUCACCCUCUCAACUUCAGCCUUCUAUCAUACUCAACUCACAUCCUCUCCUUUUCUUCGCUUCUUUCUUCUUCUUCUUCUUUGAAGCCUAAGAAACGCCUCUGCAACCCCAUUCAAUUCCGUGUUUGAGCGUCUUCAAAUGCUGCUGCUGUGGAAUCCACCAAUGGCGCACUCGUUGCCUCUCGAAAUGAGGAUUCCACUUCAUACGGAAGACAGUAUUUUCCCUUAGCUGCCGUCGUUGGCCAGCUGAUUGUUUUGGGAGAUCUGAUAUCAUGGCUGCGGGGACAACGGCGUCGGCGGCGGUGAUACAUUACUACGUGUGGAAUAGGAGAUUGGGAGCGAAGGGAGGGGGAGAGGAGGAGGAGGAUGGGUUGACGAAAUCGAGCAGAUCGUUGAAGAGGAGGAUUGCGAGGCGGCCUGCUCAGGCUCCGGCGACGUGGUUUGAGGCCUUGGUUAUCCGAGACGUUGAGGGAAAUUUACAAGUUGCCAGUUUGUAUGCCGGAAAUAAUUCUGUGGAGCUGAAGGGACCUGAAAUUAUCAGCGAGUUGAAUAGCUUCCUGAGGUUGCUGACUCUUUGCAUACUUUUCUCGAAGAAGCCAUUUCCAGUGUUUUUAGCAUCUGCAGGUUACUCCGAGGAUGAUGUUCUUCUUCAGAAGGCAGAAGCCCAAAGCAGGGGUAGUUUUCUUUAUGAGGAGUUUUCAUGUGAGCACGUUGAACUUCUGAAGCCUGCUUUCACAAUCAUCCAUGAUAACAGUUCAAAGUGUUUCCUUCUAUUGAUUUGUGGUACUCAGAGCAUUAAAGAUACACUAACAGCAGCAACUGGUGCUGUGGUUCCUUUCCAUCAUUCAGUUUUACAUGAUGGUGGGAUCGGCAAUUUAGUUUUAGGAUAUGCACACCGUGGAAUGGUUGCUGCAGCCCGUUGGAUUGCAAAGCUCAGUGCCCCAUGCCUUCUUGAGGCUCUUGGUGAAUAUUGUGACUAUAAAAUUAAGAUUGUUGGGCAUUCACUUGGUGGUGGCACUGCUGGACUGUUAACAGACAUUCUUUGUGAACAAAAAGAGUUCUCCUCUAGUGCUUGUGUUACUUUUGCCCCAGCUGCCUGUAUGACAUGGGAUUUAGCAGAAUCAGGCAAGCACUUCAUUACGACUAUUAUCAAUGGAUCCGACCUUGUGCCCACUGUCUCAGCUACUUCUGUUGAUGACCUUCAUUCGGAGGUUCAACAAACUCGGUUCCUGAGUGUUGUUUUUCAUUCUACAACAGCAUUGGGCUCCAGUCUGCCAUCUAUUGCUAGUGCAAAGGCAAGAGUUGCUGGUGCUGGUGCACUCCUAUGUCCUGUUUCAAGCACUACUAAGGUUGUGAUGAAGGGUGCCCAGAAUGUCACUCAAGCAGUUGUAAGAAGCCACUCGACUCUAUCUGCAUGCAUGGGUCCAUGUCGCCAUAAUGUGGUCCCAGCAUUGAACUCCAAGGAGGAGGACUUGCCAGAAGCUUCAGUAAUUACUGGAAGAAAUAAUUCACAUCGGGGAUUGGGGCCUGAUGACACAGACGAAGAUGAGCCUCUGAUUGCAGAGAAUGGAGUAAUGACUACAACCACCAUGGACGAGAUUACUGAAGGGGAGUUGUGGUAUGAACUAGAGAAGGAGCUUGAGAGGCAGAAGAGUGAAGUUGAUCUCCAAGCCCCCAGGCAGAAGAAGCAGCAGCGGCAAAAGAAAUAACUGAGGUGAAAGUUCUGGCUGAUGCAGGAAGGGAAGACCCCAUCUCUUCCUUGGAUGUUUCAGAGAACCUCUGGUUCUAUCUCCUAGGAAGAAUCAUGCAUAUGGUUUCUGGACCUUCAACUGAAACCACUAUUCUAGAUCCUGAUGCACUUCCCAGAGAAGAAAAUGUAGGUAUAUACGAGACACCUAGAGAAUUGUACAGUAAGAUUCAACUUUCCAGAACAAUGAUUAAUGAUCAUAUAUGCCAAUGUGCAAGAAAAUUAUGGAAUUGUUAUUGAUGGAACUAGAAAAGGGUGAAGCUUGUAGCUGUAAUGAAGGGCUGUCAUAGGAUUGAAUAUCAAAGUAAAAGAAAUUAUCGCAUUUGUUCCAUCUGGAUCGUAUAACAUUUCUGUUGGAAACAUAGAGAAAAUUUCUGUUAGAUCGUAUAACAUAGGGAAUUGGAUCUCUGGUUUUGUGGUUAAUGUUGGCUGUGCAUCCAUUUUUAUAGUAGAGUUAUGGGGUCUUAGGGAGGGACUCAAGUUAUGCAAAUCACUUGGAAUAGCUCGUGUUGUGGCUGAGAUGGAUUCACUUGUGGUAGUUAGAUUCAUAAUGGAGAACAGAGAACCAGAUAAUUUGUCUGCAGCCAUUUUGAUGGAUAUUAGAAGCCUGAUGUCUGAAUUUGAGGAAUGCGUACUGCAACAUAUUCUUUGGGAGGCGAAUGCUGUUGCUGACUUCUAGCGUCCCUUGAGCGUUCAUCACAACCGUGUAUAAGUUUGUUGGAUUCUCCACCGAUUGGCUUGCGGCCAAUCCCUAAAGGGGAUGAGUUGGAGGCUUCUUUACUCCGUUUCUAGUUUCUUAUUGUUUUAGUUUAACUUAAUUUCCUCUGACGUAUCAAAAAAAACAUAGAGAAAAUU